CGAUAAUUGGCAGAGAGAGAGACUUUUCCAGCCGAACAAUCGAACCGAACUUCAGUCUAAUAACUCAAAUAAAGUGGCAAAGCAACUUUCAUAUCAUCAUUUGCCAAUAUCGCUCAAGAAAAAGUACGAGAAUCAACAGCGCAAUAUGGCCGUUAACGUGUACUCUACAAAUGUGACUUCAGAAAACCUAUCGCGCCACGACAUGCUCGCCUGGGUGAACGAUUGCCUCCAGUCGCAGUUCUCCAAAAUCGAAGAGCUCUGCACGGGUGCCGCAUAUUGUCAGUUCAUGGACAUGCUGUUCCCCAAUUCAGUGCCCGUCAAGCGUGUCAAAUUCCGCACCAAUCUGGAGCAUGAAUACAUACAGAAUUUUAAAAUACUGCAGGCUGGCUUCAAAAAGAUGUCUGUGGAUAAGAUCAUACCAGUUGAUAAACUUGUAAAGGGACGUUUUCAAGACAAUUUCGAGUUUUUGCAAUGGUUUAAAAAGUUUUUCGAUGCCAAUUACGAUGGACGCGAGUAUGAGCCCCUGCAGCAGCGCGGCGGCGUCCAAAUCGGCAACGGCAAGGGAUCGGGCGGUGCCAUCAUCAGCAACGGAGGCAGCGGCGUGGGCAGCGUCCACAACGAUAUCCACAUGAUGCAUCGUAAGGGAGCUCAGGCACCCCAGCCCAAACGCCUGGCGCCGAGCGUCCCUGCUAAUGAACCGGCAGUCUCCAAGGUUCUGCCGCGCACGAGCAGUACAGUGUCUCAUAGCAGAGUGGCUACCGCCACCAAUAUCACAGGAACAGUGAAGAAGAUCGAUGCGAGCAAUGCCGUCAGUACUCAGCAAAUCGACGAGCUAUCCAGCCAGGUCAUGGAAAUGCGCAUAAACCUGGAAGGUUUGGAGAAAGAACGCGACUUUUACUUCUCAAAAUUGCGCGAUAUUGAAAUACUUUGCCAGGAGGCCGAGGAAGGGGUGACCACUCCGUUGGUGCAAAAGAUAUUGGACAUACUCUAUGCGACUGAGGUACCAUCUGCCCCAGCAAAUUUAUUAUACGAUGCACCACCAGAAGAUGAGGAGUAUUAGGAGUUAUUUAAAACGAAACAGCCCACGACACACCACAUCAACGUCUGCAAACAUUUUCAAACCAGCAUGAGGAUAAGCAAGAGAUAGACACACACGUGUUGUAUGAAACAUAAUAACCCAAGUAAUGGCCACAUAACAAGGAUACGCGCGAACAAACAGCCACUAAACUCGUCAACUCCCCAGCAGCAAAUCCCCUGAACAUUUCCAAACAUUUGCCUUUAUUUUUUGAUUCGAAUUUGAUGCUGCUCCACUGCUCAAUUAUUCUAAAAUCGUGCCUAAGCUGGAUCCAAACAAAAACAAAUUCUACAUUAGUCAGCAUUUUCUAUCUAAAUUUUUGUGUGUUUGACAGAAUAAACUCAACAUUCACUAAAUUGUAAA